AUGUACACGGACGCCGCAUGGAAUCCAUCGACGAAGUGUGCAGGACUUGCUUGGAUCAUUGAUGAUGCGGGUUCAUCCUCCUCUCAUUCAGCGACAGCUACCUUCGUAGCAUCGCCCCUAACUGCGGAAACCUUGGCAUUGAGAGAUGCCAUGACCUCUGCUCUGCAUUGCGGGAUUAACGCUCUCCUCAUCUGUUCUGAUUCUCAGAUUCUCAUUAAUUUGGUGAAUUCAAGGGGAAGACAUGUCGAGAUCGCUGUUCUCCUCAAGGAUAUUCAAUUCCUAUCUACCCUCUUUAAUGUCGUUGAGUUUAAGUUCAUUCCUAGACUAGAUAAUCAUAGAGCUGACCGUGUGGCCAAACAUGCUCUAUCCAUUAUGUAA